GUUAUGUAUGAAUACACACGGCGGUCGCGGUAUUAUUAGCCUAACCUUCUCAGCGGCUGAGUGAAAAAAAAUUCCAUUGUCGCGUCCGAAAUUAUUAAUAGUGAUGCGUCGUCGCGAAUUCAAUAAACGCGAGACACACGCCGGUGUAUAAUUAAUACGUGUUAAUUUAAUUUAAUAAUACAAAUUAUUAUAUGUACAUAUUAUAAGAAUCAUGUCUGUGUUACGUGCUGCAUUAUUCACUUGUCACAAUGUCUCUAUUAUUUCAAGGUAUUCCUUGCAGAAGUGCGUUCUGCAAGGGAGGAGCCAAAGCGUUUGGGGAGCGGCGAAGCGUGAAUUUAGUAAGGUCACUCGAAGAUGUGCCGAAGAAAAUGUAAACGAGCGGAAGCUUACCACGUACAUUCUGAAAUUUGGCUUCAGCGGGCUUGGAGUAACAGCCGCUUGUAUUUUAAAGUCACGUAAUCGAAUUGUGCUUUGUAAAGAAGCUACAAGGAUAAGCGACGUAAGUCCGGACAAGCCGGAUAAUCCUGAACUGACCUUUGAUUGGACGAAAUUUUUUCAAUAUCUGUAUCCACAUAUCUGGUAUUUGUUAGUGGCGCUGUCAAGUGCAUUGAUAGUUGCACUGUUGAACAUACAAAUACCUCAGUGCGUCGGAGGUGUCAUAAAUGUGCUGACGGAGAUAUGUCAGAAUAGGAACGAAUCCGCGAAACAAGUCAUUUUGCAGCUUACUCAACCGGCCUUCGUUCUGGCACGCAUGUACCUUGCGCAAGCAUUUUUCACCUUUAUAUACAUUUACACUCUUUCGCACGUCGGUGAAAGGGUUGCCGUGAGCCUACGUCAGGAUUUGUUCAAGUCUAUUAUUACGCAAGACGUAGCGUUUUUUGACAAAACGCGCUCUGGUGAAAUAGUAAGUCGAUUGACCAGUGAUAUCCAAGAUUUUAAGAGCUCCUUUAAAAUCUGCAUUUCCCAAGGGUUGAGGAGCAUCACGCAAAUUGUCGGUUGCAUCGUCUCUGUAGUAGUGAUAUCGCCGCACCUGACCACCCUUGUGGUGUUCAGCUUGCCACCGAUAAUCUUUGUCGGCACCCUCCUGGGACGAAGUUUGCGCAAGCUGUCGACGGAGGCGCAAGAUCAAGUCGCAAAGUCUACUGCCGUCUGCGAGGAAGCUAUACAGAACAUCCGAACGGUGAGAGCUUUCGCCGCAGAGGAGAAAGAGGCGGAAAUGUUUUACAAAGAGAUCGAAUAUUCGGCCGAUCUGUACGAACGAUUAGGCUUCGGCAUAAGCUUCUUUCAAGCGGGAACGAAUUUACUGCUAAACGGCAUUUUACUGUCCACGCUGUACUUCGGUGGACAGUUACUCUCCACGGGGCAGUUGUCUCCGGGAAAUCUCAUGGCGUUUUUAAUGGCCACGCAAACCAUACAGAAGUCCUUAGGCCAGUUGUCGGUGCUUUUCGGGACCUUCGUCAGGGGGCAAAGCGCAGGGGCUAGGAUUUUCCAGUAUCUAGAUAUGCCGCCUUCGCCAAUGAUGACCGGUGGUGACGUAAUCGCGGACAUGUCUCUGGCGGGGAAUAUAGUUUUCAAAGACGUGAACUUCAGCUAUCCCACUAGACCCGAUCACGUCAUUUUGAAGAACUUCAAUUUACACAUUCCCGCUGGGAAAACCGUGGCUAUCGUCGGCACUAGUGGCAAUGGCAAAUCGACAGUGGCUGUAUUACUAGAAAGAUUUUACGAUGUUGACGGAGGCUCCAUUACGAUUGACGGUCGAGAUAUCAGAUCCCUCAACUCGAGCUACCUCAGAGGCAACGUUUUGGGCUAUAUAAAUCAAGAGCCCACUUUAUUCGCCACCAGCAUUAUGGAAAACAUUAGGUACGGCAGACAAGACGCAACGGAUGAAGAGGUCAUCGAGGCAGCUAAAGAAGCGAACGCGCACGAGUUUAUAACGAAGUUCCCGGACAGUUACGCGACCGAGGUUGGCGAGAGAGGCACGCAGCUCUCCGGUGGACAAAAGCAGCGGGUUGCCAUCGCCAGAGCCUUGUUGAAACAACCGUCCGUUUUGAUUCUGGACGAAGCAACGAGCGCGUUGGACUACGAGAGUGAGAGGGUCGUUCAAAAGGCGAUCGAAAAUGUUACGAGAGGCAGAACGGUUCUUGUGAUCGCUCACAGGUUGAGUACCAUUAAAGGAGCUGACGUAAUCGUCGUGUUACAACGCGGUGUCAUUGUGGAGAUGGGCACGCAUUUGGAAUUGAUUAAACGGAAAGGAGUAUAUUACACGCUCGUUAACGAGCAGGAAAAAGAGAACAUGUAAUAAUGGGAUUUAGAACAAAUUAUAUUAGUACAAACGAUUGAUGUGAAUCGGUAAAAGGGUAGGUGCAUUACUUAUUACUAUAUUUCUUUCCCGUUUUGUAAAAUAACUUUCUCCUCGUACCUCGACGUAUGUACGUAAGAAAAUGGAUUUACGGUAUCAUGUAAAUUGCUCACGUCUACCUCAGAAACGGGAAUCACAUUACGGAACGUAAUAAAUUAUUUUAUCUACGUAUAUUCGCAUUACAUGCACGUAUACAUACACCUUUCAUCGAUUGUAUAGUGACGAUUAAAGUAUAUAAUUUAUUUAUGAA